AUGCGCAAGAACAGCGUGAAAAGCAGCAGUUCCUCAAGCAAGACCAAGAACACCCGCCCGACGACUUCCGACAGAUCGGGCGCCUCCUCCCUCGAGCGAUACGUCCUAGACCCGCAAACCCACGAACGAGUCGCCAUCGGCAGGUCCUCUGACAGGCCCAGUGGCGAACAGAUGCUGGGCCGGUGGGACGAGAGGUGGAAUACGGCGAGUGGAAAUAGGGGAUAA